CGACGGGGUUGGCGGAACGCAACGCUCACGUGGCACACCGAGUCGUGACGUAUGGGAAACGUCAAUGACGUCAGUGUCCGUUUCCGUUCAAAGCAACGUCCAUAUUUGUUUCUCGACGUUAAAAUGGGGCACGUUACCGUCUUCAGUUGUUCACCAGAAUUCUUACCAUGCUUUGAUCGAAGUUUUCGUCUCGUUUAAAACACUCUUUCUUUUUUUUUUCUCUCGCCAUAUUUUGUUUUUCCCUAUUUGUUUUAAAACGUCGACCUUAAAGAAAAAAAAAAAUUAAGAAACAACAAAUACAAAAACUGCACAAACAAAGACAAAAAAAUAGCACCUUUCACCCUCAAUCUCUUAGUAUCCACGACAUUAUUUUAUAAUCACACAAAAUAUACACACAUCACUUAACAAAAUAAUAAAUAUAUUAUAAUAUAAUUGUUUAAAUUUCUGCAAAAUCUUGUGAUCGAUCGAACUUUGCAUUUGUUAAGUUCUUUCUUGACAAUGUAACUUUCUCUCUCUCCCCAACUGUUGUACGAUAAUAGUUUCACCUCUCCUCUGUGUGGGUGGGCACAUUUAUAUAUUUAUAUAGUCGUUACAACAUUCCUCUCUCUGGUCAGUGUUGUUAUUGAAUAUAUUGAAACAAAACAAUAGAUCAAUAUGUAUCCACAUAUAUAUAUUUCUUCUAUAUAAAUGUUACCACCGUAUUUGGUUUUAUUCGUUAUUUCCGUCUUCCCCCCAAAUCCUCAUUAAUUUCUGUCCCUGCUCAGCUGGUUUUUAACUUUCAUACUUUAAUCAAAGAUGACCGAAGAUAGUGCAGGGGUGAUUACAGUCACCUGUGGAAAUUUGGUUGGUAAACUACAUAUGGAGAAAUUUAUUUGUCCUGGCAUUCACCGAGAAUGUAUUGAGUUUGAAGGCCGUUUUAUCUCUCCAAAACUGUUUUCUGUCAUGGGUGAGAAAGAAAAGCUGAAAGACUGGAAGAAUGCUGUUCGAAUGAAUGGCAUCCAACUCAGGAAGUACAUUGAAUCAGGACAGUUGGAUUUUACUAAUCACCAAGAGAUGUGUACAGGUCGCUGUGUACCGCGAGCACCAUUGAAGACAAUGGUAUUUGAUGAUGGCACUUUGGCCCCAAUCUCAACUCUGCUGGCAGGGACUGGGAUUAGCAUUAAAGAGAACAGUUAUUUCUAUGAUAGUGAACAGACUUCUUUCAAAACUGCUGAAGCAGUAGGGAGUCAGUAUACAUAUGUUAACCAAUCUCACAACCAAGAUGACCCCGAUGUCAAACCAAGUGUACAGGUUCUGCACAGAGCUGUGACAGCUGAAAACACUGAAGAACAACAACAACAACAACAACCUGAUGUUUUACAGACAUUUCCUCGUGAUAAUACUGUUGAGAUGGUUUAUGUUGGAGCACAGCCCAGUGGCUCUGAAAGUCAACUUUUUUGGAAAGGAAUCAUUGAGCUCGGUCUUGCUGAUGAAAUAUUUCGGGAAAUCAAGACCACCUUGGACAAUCUAAAAUAUAAUCUCAUUCGAAACCAAUGUCCACUUGAAGAAGUACGGAAGGUUUCACGAGUUGUCAGUGAACUGGGUUUGACAUCGAAACUGAAAUACAGGUUAGCAGCUCACAAAACCGACAUGGAAAGACAGAAAGAUAAACUUGAUAAAGAAAUGGAAGAACUUCGACGUCGAGUUGCAGAAGCUGAACACAAGAAGGAAUUACUAAAGAGGAAAUCUCAGUGCUUUGAUCAUUUAUUGGAGAUUAGUAAAUCCAAACGGCAAGGCCUUCUAGCAGACAGUAGUAGUUUGUAUAUGCAUUCUACAUCUCCUAGUCCUGACAGCAGCCAGCUGACUGACCAUGAGACCAUGAACUCUGUUCAUGUAAAAACUCUCUGUGCAUCUUCAUCUUCUUCAUCUGCAAAUUCAUCAGGACAUUUUACAAUGCAUCCUGCAAUUUUAGACGGAACCUCUAACAAUAAAUCUAUGAGUAGGACUCGGAGCCCUGUUAGUGUGGAAGAGGCUCGAUCAACUUCUUAAAUUUUAUUGAGAAAAAAAAAAAACAAAAAAAAAAACUUAUCUUCACAAUGGCUUAUUUUAUAUGCAAAGCAUUCCCUGGUUGUAUUCUUAUGUAAAUAUGUAUUUUUUAAGCUUCUUCAAAGUUAAUUAUUAUUAUUAUUAAAGCACAGAAAAAGACAAAAAUAAUUGAUUGGCACAUGGAAGAUGGGGGUUUAUUUUGUGUAAAAAAAAUUUUUAAAAAAAGGCAGCAACUUGAAAAAUGACCCAAAAUAAAACAAUCAAAGUGAAAUUUGUUAAAACCGUCUCAAAUUUUAGAUAUUAAUAUUUUGGAGGCGUGUCUCAUAAUUCUUGCUAAUUCAUUGCAGAAACCACACCAGUUGUAAUGGAAUUUACAAUUACAGUUGUUCCCCAGCUGUGAUGGUCCUGGAAGGAAAAGUUAAAAAAUAUAUAAACAGCUUACAAUGCAAACACCAAUACAAGUGUUGUUUCACUGCUUUUGGUACCCACUGUUUAGAUAUUUCUGUUAACCAAGAUCCCUAAUUGAUUCACAAAUCAGGCAUUUAUUUUUCUAUGUUCAACCUCUACACUUGACUCAUAAAUUAGUUAUUUAUUUUUUUAUCUGUUUCCAAAAAGACAACAGGAAACAAUAACAACUUUUUUUACAAAAGCCAACAAACAAAACCAGAUUUUUUAAGCUGGAUAGAAAAAUAUAUUAGGAAUUUUAUUAGAAAUUAAAAUUUGUACCAUAAACAUUUAUUUUCAAUGUUUAUAAAAGUAUCUUAAAAUCUAGUGAAUAUUUGACAGAAUAUCAGAGACAAUGAUUUAAAAUAAAUCAAAGUAUUGAUUUUUAGAAGAUUUUUAUCUAUUUAAAUAGAUAUUUGAAUUUUCUUUCUAAUUAAAAAUGAAGUAGGCUUAAUAAAUUGGAAUUUUUAAGUUGGUAUCCUCUGAGAAUUUUUUUGUAAUUAAGCAGUUCACCUUAUCGAAUGAACUUGUUAAUUUAAGAUGACAGGAUUUCAAAGACAAAUUUAUUUCCUAAAUUGAUUCAUAUUUCAUUCCUUUCUAAAUUAUUGGGUAACUUCAUUCGAAGUCACUAUUCACUUCACUCAUUACAUCAUUUAUUAAUUUUAAGAGAGACAUUUACUUGAAUUUCUGAAAUAAAUUGAAUCUCAGUAUCACUUGCUAUCCAUUUAA